GGAGGUGCUAAAUGCUCUGGUCUCCUUGACAUAUUGCACGCUAUUAUUUAUAUAAAUUUAUGUUUAAUGAUAACUUCGAUAUAUUGUUAAAAAAUUAUGUAUCAAACUAAUUGACAUUUGGUAGAAAACACGUGUUUAAUAAGGUUAUGAUUGUUGACAAAAAAGUGCCUCCCCCUACAACUCAAAAACUUAUCUGCCCUCUAGUAGCCAACAGUGUCAACGGUUUGUUGCUUUUUCGCGGCAAAGAGUGUCUGUACUGUACACAUUGUGCAGAUCAGUGUACGGAUUGUUUAAAAGACGAAUUCAAGGAAAGGUGUGCCAAAAAUCAGCUUAGAUGACUUAAAUAAAACACGAUGUUUGUGGAUAACCUCAGGAAUGAUUUUUAUAAUGUAGUGCAUGGAAAUAGAUGUUUACUGCUCGUUAAUUUUGACAUUGAUGCAAUUUGUGCUUGUAAAAUACUACAACAGCUUUUUAAAAAUGAUAACGUGGUAUAUACCCUUGAACCAGUGCAAGGCAUCCAAGAUAUGGUCAAAGCUUAUGCAGAUAAUUGUGAAGAGAUCAAAUAUGUUGUAAUGAUAAACUGUGGUGCGACAAUAGAUAUAGUUGAGCUUUUAGAACCACCUGAGGACACAAUAUUUUUUAUCGUAGAUAGCCACAGGCCUUAUGAUCUUUGUAAUAUCUAUUCUGAAGGUCAGAUACGUAUUCUUGGCAAACCUGAAGAAGAUGAUGAAAUUCCUGAGUACAACGAAGUCUUUCGUGAAGAUUCGUCUGAUGAUGAAAAUCCGGAUGUCGAUUCCGAGAAUGAAGGAGAAACCCAACAAGCAAAAAGACGCCGUUUGAAUGAAGAUGAUUUAAUGAGGAGAAGAGAACGGCGUGAGUGGGAAGAAAAACGAGACACAAUUCUCUUUAAUUAUAUGCAGUACAGUUAUUACGGUAAAUCUAGUGCGGUUAUAUUAUUUGAAAUGGCAUGGAAAAUGUCAAAAGACAGUAUAGAUAUGGUAUGGUGGGCAAUAGUUGGUGCUACAGAACAAACAAUACUCGGUAAAAUAGAAUCUGGUAUAAGUGUUCUUGAAUCCGGUAAUCUUCAAGGGCAUGUAUCUCGACUAAGCCAUAGACAAGGUGUUGAUGCUGAAAAACAGCAGCAAAGUGCAGUGAAAGUGACCUAUGAUAGAGAUCUCCAAUUAGCUCUUUAUCGUCAUUGGACAGUUGAAGCGAGUUUAAGACAUUCAAUGAUAACUGCAGUUUCACUACGUCUUUGGUCUUUACGAGGAGAAAAAAGGUUAAGAGAACUUUUAGCUGAAAUGGGAUUACCGCUUGCUCAAUCAAAACAACGAUUUUCUGCAAUGGAUUUAAAUUUGAGACUAGAAUUUCGUCAAAUGGUAGAAAAAUUAGCAUCAAAGUACAAAGUUGAUAGUGUCAUUGGCGCUAGUUUCACUCUUCAGUCUGGAUAUCGAUUUAAAUAUUGUGCAUCGGAUAUUGUUUAUGCAAUGCUUGCACUCCUGGAGUCGUCAACAAAAGACCGUCUACCUCAGCAUUGUUUUCUCGACGCUCUCGAUUGUUUAUCGCGUAAGAAAAAAGAUAUCUUAGAGCGUGGAAUUGAGAAAGCAAAAAUGAUGCUGAGUAAUAUCUUCAAAACAGCCCAAGGGAUUUUAGAAAUGAAACAGGUGAUGAACGCUGGAACGUUCCUUUACGUCAUCAUCCCUGAGGGUUCUCUCGACAGUCGUUUAUUUGCUCAUCCACAUUCUCUUUUAAUGCUCGCACAAUUUACAUUAAAAGCGUACGUAGAAACUUCAAGGAAUAGAAAUGCACGCGGCUGGCCACUCCUCGCAUCAGCAACUUUUAAUGCUGAAGAAGGAAUGUGUAUUUUAGUGGGCGUACCACCUGUGUGUGAAGAUCAGCCGAAGAGUUUAUUUGGAAAAGCAUUCGAGCAAGCUGCGAAAAAUACUAAUUCUGAUAUAGAAACUGAUUACUUUGAUACCACAAUAAUAAGACUGAAGAUUGAAGAACGUCCAAAGUUUUUUGAUGCCUUAGCCGCUCUGCUUACAUGAGUUCUAGGACUUCGUUUGCAUUUAGUAUUUAUUUUUCACUCAUAAUCAUUUUAUUGUAGCAAUAUAUCAAAAGUCAUUUAUUUUUUAUAUUUCAUGGACUAAUUUAAAUAUUAAUUUCAUUUUCGACAUUUUUUCUUUUUAUGUAAAUAGACGUGAUUUUAUUUUUAAUUAAACGACAAAUUUAGCUUUAAUCAACUUAACAAUUUUUCCGCACUUAAAAGUGCAUGAAGCAGAUAAGGAAUUUUCGAUGAAUGUCUGAUUAAAAAUUAAUAAAUUCAAGUAGUUUGUAUAUAAAUGAUAAAAUCAUGAGUCAAUUAUUUUUUGUCAAGCGAGUUUUGACGUAUGACAAUAUUUUAAUGCCUUACAUUAGGGACCAAACAUACACUAUUAUAUAAUAUCCACGACAUAUUAAAUGAAAAUUUAAUCGUAAAUUUGUUGUAAAUAAUGUUUAAAUGAUUGGAAUAAAAAAUGUCGUAAGUUGUAUGAUUUGAG